CUUCGUCUCUUUCUCUUGUUCUUCGUCUUCUUCUCAGAGAACUCGGGCCGCAAUCUCUGCUUGAUUUCGCGCGAGAUCUAGGGUUUGGAGGUGGUGAUUGGAGGUGGUGGAGAUGUGGGUGGGUGUGGAAGAGGAUUUGGAGUGCUUUCUAUGAGAGUGUUGGUGGGCGGGAAGGUGAAGGAUUGGGGUGGGUUAAGGUACGGGAAGGCUGGGGAGUGUAUGAGGGAUUUGCUCCGAUCUCUAUGUUUUACGGAGAGGGAGAGGAAGGGACUGCGGGCUGGUGAUCCGGAGCAGGGGUAGGUGGGGCAAAUGUGGUUGAUUUGCCUGCCGACACGUUGUGAUUUUUAGUAAUUUAUUGGUCUUUUUAUUUUUGGCUGUGGUUUUGAGAAGGAAGUUGGUGAAGGUUGGGAGAAGCGAGUAGAUCUGAAAAGAUUGGAUCUUUGGGUGUUUGGAUUGGUGGUUUUUGGAGGAAAAUGCAGCAAGAUCAGAGAAAGAAGGUCUGGAGAAUACGCCAGAGAUGGACUUCUUCACUGAGUAUGGGGAUGCUAAUAGAUACAAAAUUCAGGAGGUGAUUGGUAAAGGAAGUUAUGGGGUUGUGUGUUCAGCUAUUGAUACACACACAGGAGAAAAAGUGGCCAUCAAGAAGAUACAUGAUAUUUUUGAACACAUUUCUGAUGCUGCUCGGAUUCUCCGUGAGAUAAAGCUUCUGAGGCUUUUGAGACAUCCUGACAUUGUUGAGAUCAAGCACAUCAUGUUGCCUCCAUCUAGAAGAGAUUUUAAAGAUAUUUAUGUUGUUUUUGAGCUGAUGGAAUCAGAUCUUCAUCAGGUUAUCAAGGCUAAUGAUGAUUUGACAAAGGAGCAUUAUCAGUUUUUUCUUUAUCAGCUGCUUCGUGCGCUAAAAUAUAUCCAUACAGCUAAUGUUUACCAUCGAGAUCUAAAGCCAAAGAACAUACUAGCAAAUGCAAACUGCAAGCUGAAAAUUUGUGACUUUGGAUUAGCAAGGGUUGCAUUCAGUGAUACCCCCACAACUAUAUUUUGGACUGAUUAUGUUGCAACCAGAUGGUAUAGAGCACCUGAAUUAUGUGGGUCAUUCUUUUCCAAGUAUACUCCUGCCAUUGAUAUCUGGAGCAUAGGCUGCAUUUUUGCUGAGGUAUUGACUGGGAAGCCGCUAUUUCCAGGUAAAAAUGUUGUCCACCAGUUGGAUUUGAUGACUGAUCUCCUGGGCACACCUUCCUUGGACACUAUUUCUAGGGUCCGAAAUGAAAAAGCUAGAAGAUAUUUGAGCAGCAUGAGAAAAAAACAGCCCAUAUCAUUUUCACAAAAGUUUCCAAAUGCUGAUCCUCUAGGCCUUAAGCUGUUGGAGAGGCUUUUAGCCUUUGAUCCAAAGGAUAGACCAACUGCUGAGGAGGCAUUGGCUGAUCCUUACUUCAAGGGAUUGGCGAAGGUGAUGAGAGAACCCUCUUGCCAACCAAUUUCGAAAAUGGAAUUUGAGUUUGAGCGACGAAGAGUGACGAAGGAAGAUGUCAGGGAACUCAUUUUCCGUGAGAUUUUGGAAUAUCAUCCUCAGUUGCUUAAAGACUACAUUAAUGGAACGGAAAGGACAGGCUUCCUGUAUCCAAGUGCUGUCGAUCAAUUUAGGAAGCAAUUUGCACACCUUGAAGAAAAUGGUGGAAGAAGUGGGCCAGUGAUCCCAUUAGAUAGGAAGCAUGUUUCUCUUCCUAGAUCCACCGUGGUUCAUUCUAUGACCAUCCCUCUGAAAGAACAACCCAAUUUAGCUUCAUGCAGAGAGAGGCAAGCCUCAGAUGAAGCAAGCAAGAACCCUAGAGACAUAGAAAAGAUAACUGGAAAUCCAGCAAGAAGUUCACCUGUACCGGCUUAUCAAAGAAUACCAGUUGCUAAACCCGGAAAAAUUGUGGGACCAGUCAUGCCUUACGAGCAUAGCAACAUAAAGGACGCAUAUGAUGCGAGAAGAUUGAUAAGGGAUGCGGUGCUUCCUCAGUCCGGGAUUCCCCCAGCGUUUUGCUACCAGAGGAACAUCAGCGGUAAGUCAGACAGCACCAAGCAGGGACAACAAACAAUCCAUCAAUGUGUGCCUGCCAAGACCACAUCAGAGAUAGCUCUCGACAUGAGAGCUCCACCGUUCUAUCUCCCGGGAGUUUCCAAACCGGACACAAUGGAAACAAAUCUUCUGCAGGCAAAAUCUUCAUUCAAUGGGCCUGCGGCAGCUGCUGCUGUCCAUAGGAAGGUAGGCACGGUGCAAUACGGCAUUUCAAGAAUGUAUUAGGUAUAAACACUGUGCUGUUGAGAUCAACUCCGGCAAUCAUCGUCAUCGACAAUGUUAUCACGGUGAUAAAACUCCGAUGAAAAGAAGAAAAAGGGAUCUAAGUGAUAUGGAUGUCAAAUGAGGGGAGGUGAUGGAACAAGAAGCAUGAGAAGAGAAGAAAAGUUGAAUGAUCUGUUGGAGCAACAUGAAAAAAGUUGUACAAGUCCUAUCUGAAAUUCAGGGACUAUACAUUACAUUCACAAGAUGAAGGCAAUGGCUUUUCUGGUGUGCUCCCCAGUUUUUUUUUUUAAAUUUCUUUUUUUUAUUUUAUUUACUGAUGAUCUUGUUUUCAGUGUUUCUGCAAUAUACUCUGUAGCAAUUAACCAAAUGGAAAAGCCUUCAUUCAGGAAA